CCUCAGUGAGGUUGUUGGGUGUCGCGGGAGAGAGUGAGAAGAUGGCGGCUGCGGUGGAGAAGAUGUGAGUUGUGAAGAGUAUGGGGGGGGUAGUGGGUUCAAGGAGUGCCGCACUGGCUGCUGGAAGAGUGUCAGCCUAUGGGCCGGUGUGAGGAAAGCCCUGAUAGAAAGCAAUGGGGGGGAUAGUGAUGGAGUGGGUAGUUUAACAUGCUGCUGAUGGGUAGGACAAGGAAGGGACAAGGUAUGAAGUAGCCAAGAGGAGAGGCUGAGAGCAAUGGGAUGGGUCCACAAGGAGCCUAUAGACCCUGUGUCAGGGGCAUGUAGGCCUAACAGGCAGCCUUAAACUACUCAGUAGCAUCUUAUUGUGGUAGAGCUGGUCUAGGUCCACAUAUUUCCUAUUCCAAUAUUUUAAUAUUUAUUUCAUGUUUAUAUGUUUAGUUUGUAUUGCCUACAUUCUGUUCCCUAACUCUAUUUACUCUCCUAUAAAAGGUAUUUCUGCUUUUGUCUAGUCCUAGUAAAAUAAGCUAAAAUUGUAGUUACAUUUUUAUAAAAAAAAUGUUUUUUUGUUUUUUUUAAAGGAACACUUCAAGUACCAUAACUGCCACAGCUCGCUGUAAUAGUGAGUUUAAAUUAAACCGUUACUCCAUGCACAUUACGAUUUUGGUGAUUUGAAGCGUUCCUGGUGUCUGGAGGCUGCCUGUGCAGCGUGUAGCUAUGAAACGUUGCAUAUCCUGAGAUUAACAUGUUGGCUGCCAGAUAUAUAACAAAUUUGUGGGCUGGCUUAUAUCAGUUAUGUUCAUGCACUGCACUCCUCAGUUAUGCUAUUGUUUUUCUUGUGGCGGAAGGGGUUCUGAUCACAGAAAGCGUUACUGCAACUAACACCAGUGUUUUAUGCAAACACUGAUUUCCGGUUACAGCAGUAACCCUCCCGGCUCUGUUAUCCCCGCCCCUCACAAAAAAGUCUUACAUAAAGAGUAGUAUUCAUGAAAUGUUCACAUUGAAUGUGUCUGCACUAUCCCCUGGUAAUAUAAACCUUUUAGGUACUGUUUGACAUACAGAAAAUUUGUCGGCUUCAAAGGACUAUCCACAUCAACAACCUGCAUUUCAGAGGGCAAGAGGCUCAUCCUUUGAAUUGCAAGAUUCUGCCCUUUUAAACCAGGGAACUCUUGCCCAGCUGGAUGGUUUGGGGAUGGUGGUUAUUGCAGUAGCAAAUGGUCCCCACCACCCCCACAAAUUUAUCUUGAAUAUAUGUAUUUUCAGAAUGCGUGUUUGCAAUAGAAUUGAAAGUGACCGUCAAAAUUUCCUUGCUAUUUUUGUAGUCUGUCCACAAGUUCAUCCCUAUCCUGCUUUGACUUUUUACGUUUGGCAGAAUCUUGGGAAAUGAGUUUUGAGAGUACACCAGCCAUGUGUUUUUAUAACAAUUAUCCUUUUGUUCUCUCACUCAGCCUUGGGGAGCAGUAUUACAGAGAUGCUAUGGAACAGUGCCACAAUUACAAUGCUCGCUUAUGUGCAGAGCGCAGUGUUCGCAUGCCCUUCCUGGACUCACAGACUGGAGUUGCUCAGAGCAACUGUUACAUUUGGAUGGAGAAACGGCAUCGAGGUCCAGGUACACCAAACACAUGUUUCAGUUAAUACAAAACAAGAUACACCUCCUUUUUGGAGGGGUGUGUAUUCAAACGAGUGCUAAAGUGAAUAAACCGCACUCUGUACCCUUGUGUGGAAUACCCUAUCAUCCACACCCAAAAUACAAAAUCUAUAGAGUGGUAUAAGUAAAACCUACAUCUUAAGUAGAGCACUAAAAUAGCUAUGCAGAUGGGGUUAAAAUUACCCAAUGUUACCUUGUUAAAAACUUUGACUUGUGGUACAUAUAAAAGAUAAAAUUAGAUACAAUAUGGUGCAGAUGGUAUAAAGAAAUGGAUAGAAUAAAUGGUAGAGAAGUAAAGGCAUGUGAAGGAGCCUUUAAAUAUAUACUGGCUCCGUAACUGGGCUUUUAUUUGUAUAGUAAUGGACAUCCUUUCUGUUUUGUAUGUAUGCUGACACUCCCCUUCAAUUUCCCAUUGCCAGAAAGGGGUGCUACACCUGGCAAUGGGAAAUUAAAGGAGAGUUUAUGGUUUUUAGUUCGCAAUAGAUUAAAAAUGGAAAAUAAAGAGACAUAGUAAGAAAAGAGGCGAUUGGAAAAUGUUGACUAUGGCAUGACUGUGAUGCUUUAAGAUUACAUUCCAAACACCUAAGGCAUGAAUGUGUCCUGUUUUUUUUGUUUUUUUUUUCCCUGCUCCAUUCUACAAAAAGUGAAGAUUUCAAUAGAUACGUGUUGCACCUUCAUAGCUGUCAAGCAGACAACUGCGGUCCUGUUACUUCCUUGUAGUUUAGCUCAGUAGAGCUGAAUUGGAGGGAAACAAGAGCCCAGAGCACCUGCCUUGCAAAGAUUUCUCAAUGUGCUACAUUGAUAAGUCUGUGAUUAGAAAGGUACAGAAAGUCUGCACUGUGGAAGAAGGGAGAUGGUUUUCAAUGGCUACAGAUAAGAAGAGAUCUGCAACUUUUGCAAGCUAUUUUAGCUAUACCGCCAGUGAAAACAAAAUGCAUAAUUGACCCAGGACAUACUUGAAAACAAGAAAAAUCUCAAUGUAUCCUUCCUGGUAAAAUAUUUUAUAAUUAAUUAAAUGCAUGCACAUUUCUUUAUGGGUAUCUCUACUGAACAGUCCCUUUAAAACCAGCACAGUACGUUUUGACAUAAUUAAAAAAUCAUGUUUCAGUAGUGAUUUUACUAUGUUUACAUCACAAGUGAUUAUUUUGUAAUUCACAUUAUAUUUAUAAUACCUUAGACGACUGACACCACGACUUGUGGUGUGUUUUUUUUUUUUUUUUUUUUAAAAUAUAUUUAAAAGACAAAAUAAUACAUACAGUAUGAAUAUAUAGUAGGGUACAGAUCAGCAACUAUGGGGAAAACAUGAACAGAAGAUGGGAAAAAGGAGAGGAGGACUAGGGUACCAUUGAGAUAUAGCGAGGAAGGUGACCUUAAUCAAAAGGCACCACAUGAAAGCCACACAUAAUAAUGAAGCAAAUCAAUUGGAAUUAAAAGUUAACCAAGGAUUCCAUAUCUUUUGAAAUGUACCAGUUAAGGUAGAAUUCUUAACUAUCACAGUUAAUGUGUCAAUUGGAUAAUUAUCCUUUAUUUUAUAUAGUGUCCCUGUGUCAAAAUUCCUGCUAGCAACCAAUGGCCCAUAAGUGAUUUCUCAAGUCUUUAAAGAUGUAAAUGAUUCAAGUGUCUCCCCUGCAAUUAGUUGGUAGGCCUAAUGUAACUACCUGCAUGUAGAUAGCAACCCUAUUUAUUAUGUUCUCUGUAUUUAAGGUACUGCACCAGGGCAACUUUACACCUACCCUUCUCGACGCUGGCGUAAAAAGAGGAGAGCGCACCCUCCUGAGGAUCCCAGGCUCUCGUUUCCUUCUCUCAAACCCGGUAAUGUGACUAAUAACGGUUUGUGGUGCUUACAAAUAUAUGCUUUUUAGAAUAAGCUAAUUACAGACCACUAGCCUGGAGUUAGAUGACUUGUAAUAAAGAAUAUGAUAUUUUGAUUCCUUUUUAGCUUUAACUUUUUUACAAUUAUUUUACUUUGUAUCCAUGUGCGGUCCCUAGGGGCUUUCAAAUUUACUAACAGGAAUCCAUAACAGGUCAGGACAUGACAUCUUCCAGCUGAAAUACAGACAAAUGACAGUUUUAUUGACAGUUGUGUCUAAACAAAGGCUAUUAGACUUGUUAAAGGUUUCAUAAAGAAUCUGUAUUAUUGACUUUGCCAUUAAGAUUUGUAUUUAUUACAUUUUGUAGAUCCAGAACAGAUCCUGAAAAAGGAAGGUCUAAUACCACAGGACGGUAGCAGCUUAGAAGCUUUGCUUCGAUCAGACACCAUUGAGAAGAGAGUUGUGCCGGACCCUCGUGAUGAUGACAGCCUUACUGAAUUCCCUCCUGUUGCCAGCCGCGCACGGAAGGUACAGGCCUACAGCACAAGACAGCGUUACGUAGCGAGCGGGAUUAUCACGGUAAAGACAGUGAGGCCACACACAGCCUGGGGGGAGAAGGAGCUGCGGUCCCGUGUCCUUUACAGGGCAUAUUAUAGUUUUGUGUAAAAGUAAUGUACUCAUACAUAUGUAUAUUGGUGCUUUAUAGAAUAUAAACUUUACUAAUAUUUUUCUCUUCAGUAUUCUACACACUACUUUUGUAGAAUCGUAAAAUCUUCAAUCAUAGUAAUUUCAAGGAUUUUAAACUAAAUGUGGGGGCUCUAAAGGAUGGCCUGAUGCACCAUUUACCUGUUGGAUAAAUGGUUUAGAAUUUUUUAGAACAAUUCUCCUGUUAAUUUUUUUUUUUUUGGGGUCUGAAGGAGUACAUUUACAACCUGUGGUCACACAGUACUGGCCCAGCCAAGAAUAAAAAAACAAAAAACUGUUUUACCUCCCUCUAUAUUAAAUUUAAUUGCAUAUGCCAGAGGUGCACAGAUGUGCAGCUCUUUGUUGUGGUUACCAAGACAUGGGAUGUACUUAGAAUAAUGUAUAAAGAUAACCUCUUUAGUAAAGAAAAUGCAUUUACUCUGUUAUUGAUCCUAAAACUGUUAGGCCAGGAUAGUGGGGCGCAUCUUAGUUUUAGGCAUUUACACAAAUAAAGUUGUGUUACAUGUAUACCAGUGCCUCAAAUGGCAGUCAGUAUUGUGUAUAUGCAUGUGCAUAGAGGUUUGCGAUAGUUUGUGUGUUAAAAAAAAUAAAAAAAUAAUAAUUUUUUUUUUCCAUACAUAAUGCUUGUGACCCAGGCAGUCUGGUGUAUCUGAGACACACAGAAAUUUAAGGGAACAUAGCAUAGGCCUAAACAUCAGUUAUUGGAUAUGUUUUUCCUGGAGUGCACUAAUCACUUUAAAAAGUCACAUCAUCUGGUAUUGUGUCAGAGACGUCAACAGUUGCUUCAUUAUCAUUAACAGGGCAGUAGUGGCUGAUGUGGCUCAACUGUUGUGGAUUAGCUUUACUAUUCACUGUCUUUUUUGAACAAUAUUCCAGGUGUGGCUGGCUAAAGGUCAUCUGUCAAUACAACAGUGACUGUACAUUUAUAUAUUUGCAUUUGACAACAUAUUUAGUUCCCAACGAAGGCGCCAGCUUGUGCCUAAACUUGCGUUGAACUACAGUUUCUUGUAUUUUUCUCACACAAUUAUGGGGGUGAUGUGAGUGUUACGAUUUGGAGGUGGAAUUGAGUGGGGAAGAUUAGGGUAUUACUUUAGCUUAACUGUUUUGCUAUGGACUAGGCAUUAUAUGUAGAGACUGAUACCCCCAAGACAUUCAACAGUGAUUAAUCUCAACCGUGCAGCCUUACAUUUCUCUAUCCUAUUAUGUAUAUAUCAAGAGACCCUAAACAUCUCAAUUAUUUCCUUAUUUAUUUUUGUAAUAAAGUGUGGCACACAUUUACUUCAUACACCACUUUUUUAUUUUUUAUUUUUGUUCUUGAUGGUUUUAAAGAUCUUUUUUAAUCAGGCAAUUUUUCUUUUUUUUUCUUUUUUGUUUGCACAUGACUUUGUGAAAUAUGACGUAAACGUCUCAUACAUUAUCCUAAGCUGUAUUCUUGGCAAGCAUUAGUAUCUGUAUACGUAGAAUUCAUUUUCCAGGUAUUCAAUGCGUUGAAAUGCAGAUAUAUGGGUCAUGGCUGUAAGAAGAACUGAGAUCGAGCCAAACUGUUAACUGGUACACUAGAAAACGGGGGGGGUAACUCCAAAUAGGAAACUAAUAUGAAUAGGCAAAGAGUAGUGUAUCAUUAGGGACUGGGAUAUGUAAUAUACCCUAAGAGUACCAGCUAACUUCAGGAAAGAACCAUAAAAUAGCCUCCAGACUAGGAACAAAAGAAGAGACAAUAAAAGAAAUAAUGCAUUUUAUUAAAUAUAAUAUAAAACAAUAAUGUACUAUAAGGUGCUCGUGUACAAAAAGUGAAUGAACAGGUUUUAGAUGGAUAAAGUAAUGAUGUAACGUAAAAAAAUGCUAUUUCAGCAUACGAGUUAAUCUCGUAAUUUCAAAUUAGCCUAUUCUACAAUAAUAUUAGGCUACCUCUUAUAGUGGUAUAAGGAUGAAUAGGAAUAGCAAUAUACUGAUGUUCCAUUGAAACUGGUUGAAGUAAAUAUGCUAGGUAACAGAAGAACCUGUUACGGGGUCAUGGUAAGUAAUGGAACAAAACCUGAUAUUAAUAUUGCCUAGCAUACGUCUGUGCCAGGGUAUAUAUCUCAGUUAAAUACGGCAAGUGGGAAAGAUAACAUAGCAAUAGAAAUUUGGGGGGAGGGGAGAAUAAGAGGCAGAUCCCCCAUUAAACUCAGAUAAUAUACCCCAAUCACGACCUAUAGUUUUAAUAUAGCCAAUUGUAGAUGUUAUAAUAGUGCUAUUUUAAUGGAAUGAUGGGUACUCCGAUCCUCCUAACUUAGGUGAUCACAGUAAGAACUGUUGUGCCUGAGCCAGCUUCUAUCACUAUAACAACUCUCGAAAUCAGGUUCGUUGAAGUGAUUAGCCAAUAGUUUCUUAAAUUGGUUCCAUGCUUGGUGGCUAUCUGAUUGCUCUGCUAUGAAGCAAUUCUCUGCUACAGUGUCUUCCUAUUGACACACUAACAUUUUUACCUCUGUCCAUUUAGCGCAUUCUGGAACCUGAUGACUUCUUGGAUGACCUGGACGAUGAAGAUUAUGAAGAAGAUACGCCAAAAAGACGUGGAAAAGGCAAAGCAAAGGUGAGGUGUGAAGUGUGGUUGAUUUAAUAAUGUACUACGGAACUCAGAGGUAAGUAAUAGGGCAUUUCACUUUUAAACUAGGCUAUAUUUCUUCUAUGACAUUCACAGAAAAUGAAAACCCUAUAAAUGUUCAUCUAGUUCUACCAGUAUUUUCUUGUGCUUGUGGGAAUACACGGUCAUGAAUUAAUUGUCUAAUUAAACAAGUUCAAAUGUAUGCAGUCCUGAGGGUUAGGAAAAAAAUCUUACCUUGAAAAUUCUAUGCACUAAAACCACUUGUCACUCAAUAAUGUUGACCGAAGUCAUUUAGCAGUUUUUUUGGCUAAAAGAGUCAUUUUUGAAGCAUUACUCUAUAUUUUGCUGCCAGUGAUAGACAGCCCAUACAUUCUCAUCCUAUCACUGAUGCUUGAGUAGCUUCUUCUCAUUUUACAGAAAGCAGAGGAGAUGAAACCAGACAGGCACCUGGGGGACUCCACUACAGUGUUAAAAUGUUAAAAAAUGGUUUAACACUUGUAGGUAAGAAGACCCCAGGGACUCUAGAAACCAUAACAACCUCAUUGACACAGUGUUUUUGGUGGCUGGGGUGUUCCUCUUUAUGUAUCUAGCUUCACAUCCGCUACCAGCUCUUCAGAUGUGAAUAUACAAAAUCUUUCCACCGGUUUAAAAGCCGCUUCUUAUAAUGUAUGAAUUGAUAACACUUUUUGGUGCAUUGUUCUAAAAAUAUCCUGUUCUAGAGGCAUCCAUGACAUUAUUAUAAUAAUGCACUAAGUCAUUAAGUCUCAAGGAGCUUUCUUUUUAGCAGUAAAAAAAACAUACUGAAGCACUACUGAUGUGAUUUUUGCAGUCCAAGUGAAAGGAGAAAAUCAGUGUGCUGUCUUUAAAGCUGGGUAGUCACAUACUUUCUCUCACGCCAGUAAAUACAUUUGGAGAGUUUCCUGCGGUCAGCAAUGCAGCAGAGGUGAAAAACAAAACACACCUCCUUGGUCCUUCCAUCUUCAGGGUGAAGUGUUUGCCCCAUGCUUACAUACCUGAAUAGAGAUUCCAUUCGAGUGCAUGCAUGUUUGAGCAUAUUGUUCCAUUUGUGGCUUACAUUCAUUUGCAUGAAGGUAAACCUCAAAUGCUCCCCAAUCACUCACCGCUCAUCAACUGGGAGUGUAUCUACAGCAAAACCUUUACACCGGUGAGUGACGUUUUUAAUUUUUUGAGCAGUGAGAAGUGCAGAUUUGUACUUGGAAUCGGUGUAUGACCUCUAGCUUUUCUUCAUCAUGCAAGAACAGUGAGUGCUAUUUGCCAGCCAGAUCCCUCUGUCUACUUUAUUCGGUAACAUGCGGGUUCUGGUCCAAAAAAAAAAAAACAACAGUAUCCAUCUCAAAAAGCUCAUUUCCACUUUAGCCCCCUCUUGGCUGCAUUUUAAAUCUGAUUUGUUUACGAGAAUGUUUACUCUCAUUUGACUUACUCUGCAUCACAAUGUAAAUUAAGAAAGCACUUUGGAGCCUCUGGCACAUUUUUCUUCUGUUCUAAAUAAUUCUUUUGAUUUCAGGGAAAAGGUAUAGGCAGUGCCAGGAAAAAGUUGGAUGCAGCUGCUUUGGAUGACAGAGAUAAACCAUACGCUUGUGACAGUAAGACUUAUAUUCCUCACUUCAAUACUAUUUAUUCAUUAUUGCUCAUACAUUUCAGACUUCCCAGAAAUAUAUAUUACUCUUUAAAGAUGCCUUUUGAAACCUUUUCCUAUUGUAAUUACACAUUUUAUCAACAAGGACUAGAGAGCUCUAAAGGAGUCUUCUAGAGCAGUGACUGCUAACUUUUGGCACUCAUUUAUUUUGUAGGUUAUGAUUCUCAUCCAGUCCUCUAGCAUUAUAGCGAGAGCUAAAUGUUAGCAUGUCCAUCUAUGUCACCUGUAGAUAAUUUUUGUAAUUCUCUGCCAGCCUAAUGACUUAGAGUUGUAGUCAUCAACUCUUCGUUAGCCGUCACUGUUCAAGACCUAUGGUUUAGUAGAACAUGCAUGAUUACUUAUAUUUUAGCCAGUGUCUAGGUAGAUACAUAGGUAUAUCUCGUACUUUGUGCUGAAACUACAUUACAUACGUAGAAUUACGUGUGCGUGCCUGUGGUUGUAUGCGCUUAUACAAGUAAACCAGAAUACCACCUCAAUCACAAGAAAAUAUAUGGUGACUUCUAUAUUCUCAGUAUGAUUUUCUGAAAACAGGUGUACAUGCUUGCAAUUUUGAUUACGUGAGUUGGCGUAUGGUAAAGUUAGCAUCUACUCUCUUAGAGAUUCACUUACAUUUCCAUCCAACAAGCUAUUACUCUCCCUCUUUUUAAAAUGCCUUUGAAGUAGGAUAUCCACGUGGUAUUAAGAAAAGUGUUGUCUUGCAGUGUAACACUUUGGCUACUGAACUAUUAUUCUUUUAAUCCCCCCAAUAUGAGCAUUUGAGAGUAGUGGUGGUUUUCUCUUUUCUCCUGCGGCAUUUCCUGUUCAGUGUAAACUUCUUGAGAAGGCAGUUGCUUGUUCCUUUCUUGUGUAACUUCACAUAUGUGCGGCUUGUAGACAGCCAAUUAUUAUAAUUAAGUGGGAAUUUGGUGCGUGCUCAAUUUUGGCAACAUACUACUAAUAGUGCUAAUAGAAAAGGAAAAAAAAUGCAUGCUAGUUUCUUUCCAUUCUAAGUUGCCAUGCCUUUAAUGUAGCACUUGACUUAUGCCCAUUAUUUAGCUCUGCACGGUAACUUAGAGAUUGCACAGUGACAUUAUCAGUCACUCACAUUGAAACAGUCCCCUCUAUGAGACCUAUAACUUAAUAGCCAUGAUAUGCAUUUGAGAUGCCUUGUUUUGAAGAAGGGGAAAAAAAAAGUCCGGAAAUAGCUUCAAUCUCGGAUCUGUAUAAUCAACAAAUAUAGUGAAACCAUUGCAUUCAAAAUGCUUUUGUGUGCUUGGCUUUGUGUGUUUAUUUUUUAUUUGAUUUUGGUGUGAUAUGUAUUUUUUUUAGAGGACGGAGGAUGGUUGCUUCCAGCAGACUGAUCCACUGUUCAACUACUACUGACAUGGAAAUAAUAAGGGAAAAUGUAACCUUCUCUGGAGCAGGGAAUUUCCCAUAAUUUGAAAAAAAUGCUUAAAUGGUCAGGCAACAUAUAUCACUACACAUGC